AACAUAAAUAGGUCACUUCAUGGGGAACCACGUUGGAACUCUGAACAUAAAUAACUUCCAGGGGAAUCAUAAUGGAACUUUGAACAUAAAUAAGUAAAUUAGAGGGGAACCAUGAUGUAGCUCUGUGCAUAAAUAAACGUUUCUAUAACCCUACUUGGUGCAGUAUUUACCAAACCCUUUUCUCCCUCAGGUAUGUACUACGGCGUUACAAUCUGCCUCGUCAGCUUCGCCUCUGGGCUGUCAGUGCUGACGCUGAACAUACACCACCGGGGAAUCAGAGGGCUGGAGGUUCCCACUGUGGUCAAAAAAGUAGUUUUAGGAGGAAUGGCCCGACUCGUCUUCCUCCAUUUUGAGCCCCCGACGUCUGUCAAGGAUGAUAAGACCAUCCUACAAAACGAUUUAAGACCCGAACCCUGCGGUCGCACGGACUCCAUGAGCAUGGAAAAAAUCCACAUCCGCGAGUUAGAUGUGACAGAUAACUUCCGCAUGUCACCGAGAUCUGCCCAGAGGCAGCAAAUGGGUCCCAACAACGAUACCCCGACAGCCACGCCUACAGCAACACAGGUCACAGAGUUCGAGCAGCACUUCGUCCGCGUUCUGAACAAGGUCUACCAGACGAUCGAGAAGAACGAGAUGCGUCUCGGAGAGCACGACAGACGGGAGGCAGUUAGGGUCGAGUGGCAACAGGUGUCCCUGGUGUGCGAUCGCGUCCUGCUGGCCUGCUUCUUGCUGUCGACAGUCAUAGCGACGACGACUAUACUAUUUUCCUCGCCCCACGGUCCUUGACAACAUCUCUGUCGCGUUUCUGUUUCUAGCGGAGUCAGCGAAACGAGAGGAAUGAAACCUCGUCCGGAAAAUUCUCUUGAGAAAAUGGAGAAGCGACACGUCUGGGCGGCCACACAUCUAUUGUCUAAGAAGUCGUUCAGUGUCACAACCGUGCCGGUGGGGCCCCUCCCCCCCAAGGGGAUAUCAUCUUCAGCACUGGAAAUCCUAUAAUAUCGACCUAAUUUUUGUUUGUUCAUUUAUUCAUUUCAUUGAAGCUUCUUAGAACCUAUGUGAUUCCAUUUUCUAAACAAUGCUAACUGUUCCGUGAAAUCGAAAUGUCAAGCAUGGAACUGGGAGAUGGAUCCUUCCUUCCGUGUCACUUCGCUAAAAGAAAAAAUAAAAAAAUAACAUGUUCUGAUUAAUAAAAGUUUUGGUAAUUUUCA